AUGUUGAAUGAGCUCAAUGAAUGGAAAGAAAUGUUUAUUGAGAAAAUUCGUCGAUAUGUUUCUAAGCAAAUUGAUGGUCUCGAGCAAGAGUAUGACAAUGAAAUACUUUAUUUGAAACAACAAUAUAAGCUAUUUAUUGAUGAACUAUAUAUACGCGAGGAGGUGAAAACGGCUGAGCAAAUUGAUCAAUUACUUGAUCGUUGUAAGGCUUUGAAAUUUGAAUUAGCCGCAUUGGAAUAUACUGAACGAUCUGUUGAAUUGCUUCGAGUAACACAACGAGAAUCAGUAAAUAUUAAGCUAGAUGGCUUCCAAAUUAUUGAACGUAGAAACAAGAGCUCGACACAAAAUGCAUCAGUAGAUGAUAAGUACGAAGAAGACUCAUAUUCGACAGCGACAUUUGCAGAUGCUCAACAACCAGAGUAA